AUGGUGACGUUCACGCCGACGGCGAGUACACUGAAUCACGAUGCUCCGGAGUUUCGGCCGGUGACUCCACCGAAUUCAGUUGUUCCGGAGCCGAUAACAUCAGAUGCAUAUGCUCCGGUGUUACGGCCGCCAUUUACACUGAAUCCAGAUGCUCCUCCCUAUCGGCUACAUCCGGACAAACGUUCUCUAUUUAUUACAUUAUCUAAUGGCUUUCCUCUCACGGAAAGUCAGAUAUGUAAUUUCUUCAGCAGGCAAUUGUUAUCCAUCGUCCGUGGAGGAUGUGCAUGUGCACAAGGUAGGAAGGAAGUCGGGGCUUUUUGGGAAAGUGACAUUCAAGCGAGCUGA